AUGAACAGUUCUACAAACGAUUCGUUUCAUUCCCAGGAGCUUCCCCAACCUUCAGAGCCCAUAUACGUCGAUGAUAGUGAUAAUUCUGGCGUCUGUGACACCGACAGCGACACUGACAGCAGUGUAACUAUCGAUAACGACCCCGAUCGAUCAUUUUUCCUUGAUGACGAACAAUCUUACCCUGGAAGCAGCCGACGCACCCCAACACCUUUCCCCUUGGGACCUCAAAGUCACCAAGAAAUCAUAGAUCUUACCUCGGGCCCUGAGCUACUGGUGGUAGAAGGCGACUAUCUCACAGACGAAUGCUUCGAGCGGCUUCUGCAAGACUGGGACCGACCUGCACCCGCCGCCGCAGCACCUCUGCCGAUUCAAGAGGCCUCGGAACCGGAAAAGCGACCUAUCAACCACGCUUGCGUAGACGGAAUAGUCUACAAAGCUGGGCAUUCCCUUGAGCUUCACAAUGGCCUUUAUCUCAGAAUCGAAACUGUGCUUCAAGAUACUGCUGGAGAGAUCUACUUUCAAGGCCGUCACUUGAUCCGAACGAGAAAUCACAAGGGACCUUAUAUACCCAAAUGGUUCAAUGAAUUGGUCUGGAUCGUUAAUGAGUCAGCAGAAGUUCCACUGAGCAUCGUCAAGCGCUUCGUCAAUAUUCGAUUCACAAGCUGCUGCCAUGUUGAACAAGAUCUUCAGAAACGAAAGCGGCCAAAUGAUCUGUUCUGUCGAUUGAAGGAGAACCUUGACUCAGCUCAGGCAGCAAUAGAGUACCUGUCAUGCGAAGAAUCUGAUAAAGGCUUUGCAAUAGAUUCGACCACUUUACGACAGUCAUGGCGAGGUGAAACUCGUCCGUUUGGUAGUGCUGAUGCUGAUGCCAAGUCACAAUCUCCAGUCAUAGUGCUUGAUGCAGACCCUGUUAUUGAUCUUACCGAGCUCGAGAAAGAAGACGUCAGGGAGCAGAAAAAACAUCGCAAGUAUACCUUUGGCGACGGCUUCUGCGGUGCAGGAGGCGUCUCUUGUGGUGCUUGGAAGGCUGGUCUGCAUAUCAAGUGGGCAUUUGAUCAGUCCGAGCAUGCGAUUGCCACAUAUCGUUUGAACUUUGAGACUGCGCUGUGUGAACAAAGUGACAUCUUCAGUUUCUUAACAAACGAGCCAGAAUUUUUGAAAGUGGACGUCAGCCAUGGUUCUCCUCCGUGCCAGACGUUUUCGCCAGCACAUACGAUCAACAGUGUGAACGAUGAUGCCAAUUCGGCGUGCAUCUUUUCCUGUGCGGACAUGAUUAAGAAGUCGAAGCCGAGAGUUCACACGAUGGAAGAGACCAGUGGACUUUUUGAUCGGCACAGGGAGACUUUUCACCGAGUCAUCCAGGACUUUAUCGAGAUAGGGUACUCUGUUCGUUGGAGAAUCUUGAAUUGCAUGGACUAUGGGGUGCCGCAAUCACGAAAAAGGCUCAUCAUCAUUGCUUCCGGACCAGGCGAAGUGUUGCCACCGUUUCCAAAGCCUACCCAUGGACUGCCAGGAUCUGGGCUUUCCGACUACACAACAAUCGACCAGAUGAUAUCCAACAUCCCCCCAGAUGCCCUGGACCAUGAUGUCGAAGGUGCGAGGAGCCGAGGACUGCGGAAUGGAACAAGAGCCCCCUUCGACGCGAAUCAGCAGGCAAAAACCGUGACUUGCAGUGGCGGCGAGAACAAUUACCAUCCAUCUGGCACACGGGGCUUUACAAACCGCGAAUUCGCCUGUUUGCAGACGUUUCCUUUGGACCAUCGGUUUGGAGCACGAGAAGUUCGGAAGCAAAUCGGCAAUGCCGUCCCUCCUGCGCUGUCCAAAGCGAUUUACCGUGAGAUCAUCAAGUCGUUGCAGCGUACAGACGAGCAAGAAUUCAGAGCUGGAGAUUCGUGA